CACAAUAGGCAUCUUAACCAACACAAAAAGGUUUUCUACAUUCUAUUCUUAGCUCAUCACCAAAUGGACUGGACUAGAGGCCACACCAUUGGCCAUGGCUCAUCAGCCACCGUCUCCCUAGCCACCUCCUGCUUCUCCGGCAACUUGUUCGCCGUCAAGUCAGCGGAGAUGUCCCAGUCCGAGUUCUUGCAAAGGGAGCAGAAAAUUCUCUCUGCUUUGAGCAGUCCACAUAUAGUAAGCUACAUGGGGCAUGACAUGACUAGUGAGAGCAACAAGCUCAUGUACAAUCUCUUCAUGGAGUACAUGCCCCGCGGCACGAUUAUCGACGAAAUUUGCAACCACGGAGGCCAAAUUGACGAGUCACUGAUCAGAGAUUACACAAGGGACAUUGUGAAAGGGCUAGAGUACUUGCAUUCACAUGGGUUGGUACAUUGUGACAUCAAAGGCAGGAACAUCUUGGUUGGUGACGAUGGUCCAAAAAUUGCUGAUUUUGGAUGUGCCAGGUGGGCUAAUCCGGCGGGGGAAGUGGCGGUGCCAAUUGGCGGCACACCAAUGUUUAUGGCGCCGGAGGUGGCGCGUGGGGAAGAGCAGGGGUUUCCUUGUGAUGUAUGGGCUCUUGGGUGCACAAUUAUUGAAAUGGCUACUGGGGGAUCAGUGCCAUGGCCUAAUGCAGCUAACCCAGUAAGUGUUCUUUAUCAAAUUGCGUACUCUGGUGAACUGCCUGAGAUUCCAAGCUUCCUCUCAGAUCAAGCAAAGGAAUUUUUGGGAAAGUGUUUGAGGAGGGACCCAACAGAGCGUUGGACGGCUAGUCAACUUCUAAAGCAUUCAUUUCUUGAGGAAAAGGAAGAACUUAUAAUUACUUCUAGUGCAAAGCAGGCUCAAGAAUCCACUUCAUUUUCUCCAACAAGUAUUCUUGAUCAAGGCAUAUGGAACUCUUUAGAAGAAUCAGAAACUUUGGGCAAUCUUGUUCAGUUCCCAAGUUUUGAAAAUUCCUCCUCUGAUCACAGGAUCAGACGGUUGUCCUUGUCUUCAGGGAAUCCCAGGUGGGCUUUGGAUGAGACUUGGAUCACAGUUAGAGGGAAUGAUUGUGAGGAAAGCAACAGUAUUGGUAUUGCCAAUGAUGCUGAGGCUGAAGAUGAUGUUGAUGUGUUUGGUGGGUUGGCAAGGGUUUUAGUUAAUCGUGAUGUACAACAACUGGAAAGCCCUGAAGCUGUAGGUAGUGAGGAGGAGGAGGAGUUAAAUUUCUUAGAUAGCAAUAAUAGCUGUAGAAUUAAUUUGGAUAUUUUAGGGGCCUGCAAAAAAAACAUGAAUAACAGGAGUGUAGGUUUGAGCAAUUUGAUUUUUGAGAGAGACAGAGACAGUCUGUUAUUUCCUUCAAUAUCAAGUUUUUAGUAAUCAUAAAUUCCAUAUUUUCCUCUAUUAUUUUGUUUUACUGUUAUAAAGUGGAUGGUGAGCCCUCUCAAUUGCUAGUAGGCCCCAUAUGUGUUUGGUGGGUCA